AAUUACGACUGUGAAACAGUGAAAGUGUGAACUUGGGGAAGAGUCGUCUUCUUCCUGUGUAGGGUAUCAGAGAGAAGGGAGAAGAAUGACUGUGUUUCACUUCUUCAACUGCGCAAUUCUCACCUUCGGUCCUCACGCCGUCUACUACUCAGCCACUCCGUUAUCAGAGUAUGAUACUCUUGGUACAUCGGUUAAAGCUGCCCUUGUUUAUCUUGGAACAGCUUUGGUAAAGCUUGUAUGCCUUGCAACAUUCCUUAAGGUAUCUGACAAUGAUGGAUUUGAUCCGUAUCAGGAAUUGUUGAAAGCAUUGAUUGGUUUUAUAGAUGUUGCUGGUCUUUACUUUGCCUUAACCCAGCUGACUCACCGGAAUAUCUCCCAAAAUCAUAAAUUUCAAGCUGUUGGACUUGGAUGGGCUUUUGCUGAUUCUGUUCUACACAGAUUGGCACCUCUCUGGGUCGGAGCUAGAGGACUAGAGUUCACAUGGGAUUACAUUUUGCAAGGCCUUGAAGCAAAUGCAAAUUUGGUGUUGAGUAUCUCACUUGCAGCAUUGGGAUCCUUGAUGUGGCUCAGGAAAAACAAGCCCAAGACAUUGAUUCCAAUAAUAUAUGCAUGUGCUGGAAUUGUGGCAACAAUGCCUUCCAUUACAAGCUACUUAAGGCGAGGAUUAGGGUGGCACUUCCCAGAGGUGGUGGGCUUUGAAAUCUUCACAUCUCUGGUGAUGGCUUUCAUUAGUUGGCAACUGUUUUCUGCAUGCCAGAGACCCUCUGCCUGAGUCUUGCCUAUCCAUUCUUGGACUGUUGGUUAAAGGACAUAAAAUUGACUUCUUUGAAAUCUAAUCUUUGCUCUAGUUUGUAGAAAUUUUCUGAUCAACGAGUUUAUACUUUUUCAGACAUAUUGUAUCGCUGGAAAAUCACUGAACUUGAUAAAUGAUAUUUUAGAAUCCCAAGCAAUGAGAUUUUGUUUCGAUACAUUCUCUUUUAUGAGGACAUGGCAUGACGAUUAAAGUAUUCUGAGUCUU